AUCAAUGCAUGUCUUGAAAAGUAGGGACAUUUAGAGGAAAAAUCCGAAGUGUAUCAUGUUUUAAUAAUUUCACACACAUAAAUUUAAUUUAAUAAUUAGAUAGGUAUUAUGUGCAUUAGAAAUGAAAUGAUUGUUAUUUCCUAUUUUCUAGAGGUUUUAUUAGAUGCAUUAUAUAAUCACGGUAAAAAUUACGAUCAUAAAAUCAGCAUAUGUUCCAGCAUAAAUGACCUAACUAAAAAAGUCAUGAUGGAUAUCUGAAAGGGAUAAUCCAAUUCCAAAACGGAAUAAAGUAAACAUCAAAAUAUUAACCCUAAUAAUUUCGAAACUGUAAAGGGACUGAUUAAACACUAUACAAGAGUCAAAAGAGUGUGACGUAAUUAUAACAUCAACUUUACGUGUACAACCACCCUCAUCUGCCUAUAUAAAACCCAACACAUGUACAUGAAACUCAUCAAACAAAGAGCUAAAACCCCAUCACCAAAUAAACAACAAAAAAUGGCCUUUGCGGAAAUAACAAACGCAAACAUGUUUCUCAUAACGCUACUUCUCCUAUCUCUUUCUUCCAUCCCAUUGUCUUCUUCCACCAUCACGCAAGACUUCGUGAUGUGUCUGGUCGAUAACUCCGACGCUUCUUUUGCGAUGGACUCUUCGUUCUUCACUCAUGACCUAAAUGCCUCUUCCUUCAAACAAGCUUUAGAGACGUCGGCUCAGAACCUCCGUUACUUGAUGCCGUCAAAACCGAAGCCAGAAUUUAUUUUUGAGCCGCUUUACGAAACGCACGUUCAAGCCGCCGUUGUUUGCGCCAAGAAGCUACGACUUCAUUUGCGGUUAAGAAGCGGCGGUCAUGACUACGAAGGCCUUUCUUACGUCUCAGAGAUGGAAACGGCGUUUGUGAUCGUUGAUUUAUCGAAGCUUAGACAAAUCAAUGUCGAUUUAGAAAGUAACACCGCGUGGGUACACGCAGGUGCUUCCAUUGGAGAGGUUUAUUACAGGAUCCAAGAGAAAAGCAAAGUCCAUGGUUUUCCGGCGGGUUUAUGCACCAGCCUAGGCAUCGGCGGCCACAUAAUCGGCGGAGCCUACGGUUCAAUGAUGCGUAAGUUCGGACUCGGUGCCGACAACGUCCUCGACGCCAGAAUAGUUGACGCGAAGGGCAAAAUCCUGAACCGCGCUGCGAUGGGAGAAGACGUUUUCUGGGCCAUUCGCGGCGGUGGUGGAGGAAGCUUCGGCGUUAUCCUUGCCUGGAAAAUAAAGCUCGUUCCCGUGCCCGAGAUAGUGACGGUGUUCACCGUUACGAAGACGCUUGAGCAAGACGGAACUAGGAUCUUGUACAAGUGGCAACAAGUCGCAGAUAAGCUCGAUGAAAAUCUCUUUAUCCGGGCGAUUAUUCAGCCGGCGAGCAAAACUCCUAAGAGCAAAGAGAGAACUAUCUCGGUUUCGUACCAAGGACAGUUUCUUGGUGACGCUAAGAGGCUGUUGCAGGUGAUGCAGAGGAGUUUCCCACAGCUGGGACUAACAAAGAAAGAUUGUUUAGAGACAAGCUGGAUCAAAUCAGUAAUGUACAUUGCUGGUUUUCCUAGCACCGCGCCACCGGAAGCUCUACUUGCUGGAAAAUCGUUGUUCAAAAAUUACUUCAAAGCCAAGUCAGACUAUGUGGAAAAGCCAAUUCCAAUAGAAGGACUAGAAGGGCUAUGGAAAAAGCUUCUAGAAGAGGAUUCACCAUUGACCAUAUGGAAUCCUUAUGGAGGAAUGAUGGCGAAAAUCCCUGAGACAGAGACACCUUUCCCACGUAGGAGUGGGACAUUGUUCAAGAUCCAGUGGCUGACUUUGUGGCAAGACGGGAAAGCUAGCGAGGCGAAGCAUAUGGAGUGGAUGAGGAAUAUGUAUAGUUACAUGGAGAAGUAUGUGUCAAAAAGCCCAAGAUCCGCCUAUGUGAACUAUAGAGAUCUUGAUUUAGGGAUGAAUGGUAGAGGGACUGAUGCAAGAGAAUGGGGGAAGAAAUACUUCAAGGGAAACUUUGAGAGGUUGGUGAAGAUUAAAGCUAAGUUUGAUCCUGAGAAUUUCUUCAGACAUGAACAAAGUAUUCCUACAAAAUUUAAGUGAAAUUUUUGAGUUAAACAAUAAUAAGAAUGUGAGGUUUGGAAUUUGUCUUAGUAAAGAAUUUUGUUACUUGUGUUUGUAUCUUUUCUUUCUGAAAACAUGGUCAAUACAUAACACCAAGAAAUGGUCAUGUCAUUUGUAAUUCGAAACUCGUUAUCAAAUCUAAUUCCUUGUUGA